GAUCUGAUCCAGUCUUGAGAGGCUGAUCCUCCUCGGGCUUCAACAUGCACGACGCCUACGAGCCGGUGCCUAUCUUAGAAAAGCUUCCUCUCCAGAUCGACUGUCUGGCAGCCUGGGAGGACUGGCUGCUCGUAGGAACCAAACCAGGACAUCUGCUCCUCUACCGAAUAAAGAAGGAUGCAGGUUCCAACCGGUUUGAAGUGACUUUGGAAAAGUCCAACAAGAAUUUUUCAAAGAAAAUUCAGCAGCUUUAUGUUGUCUCACAGUACAAAAUUCUCAUCAGUCUUUUGGAGAACAACAUCCACGUGCAUGACCUCCUGACUUUCCAGCAGAUCACUGUGGUGUCUAAAGCUAAAGGAGCCACACUCUUUGCAUGUGAUAUGCAGCAAACCAGUUCAGGAGAAGAACGACUCCGGAUGUGUGUCGCAGUGAAAAAGAAGCUCCAGCUGUAUUACUGGAAGGACAGAGAGUUCCAUGAGCUGCAGGGAGACUUUUGUGCACCCGAUAUCCCGAAGUCCAUGGCCUGGUGUGAAAACUCCAUAUGUGUUGGCUUCAAACGGGACUAUUAUCUAAUUCGGAUGGAUGGUCGGGGCUCCAUCAAGGAACUCUUCCCCACAGGGAAACAGUUGGAGCCUCUGGUUGCCCCACUGGCUGAUGGGAAAGUGGCUGUUGGGCAGGAUGACCUCACUGUGGUGCUGAAUGAAGAGGGAGUUUGCACCCAGAAGUGCGCCCUGAAUUGGACAGAUAUCCCCAUCGCCAUGGAGCACCAGCCUCCCUACAUCAUCGCAGUUCUCCCUCGAUACGUGGAGAUCCGGACCUUUGAGCCGAGGCUGCUGGUGCAGAGUGUGGAGCUGCAGAGGCCGCGCUUCAUCACCUCGGCAGGACCAAAUAUUGUCUAUGUGGCCAGCAACCACUUCGUGUGGCGGCUGGUGCCGGUGUCGAUAGCCAGUCAGAUCCGCCAGCUUCUUCAGGACAAGCAGUUUGAGCUGGCUCUUCAGUUGGCGAUGAAGGAUGAUUCAGACGGUGAUAAGAAGCAGCAGAUCCAUCACAUCCAGAAUCUCUAUGCCUUCAAUCUGUUUUGCCAGAAGAGAUUUGACGACUCCAUGCAGGUGUUUGCCAAACUCGGCACAGAUCCCACCCAUGUGAUUGGACUGUACCCAGAUUUGCUCCCGUUAGACUACCGCAAACAGCUGCACUACCCCAACCCUCUCCCCACGCUGUCAGGGGCCGAGCUGGAGAGGGCUCACCUGGCUCUGAUCGAUUACCUUACGCAGAAACGCAGCCACCUGGUUAAGCAGCUGAAUGACUCCGACCCUUCCACCACAUCCCCCCUCAUGGAGGGCACGCCCACCAUCAAGAGUCGGAAGAAACUCCUGCAGAUCAUUGAUACCACCUUGCUGAAAUGUUACCUGCAUACCAACGUGGCUCUCGUCUCCCCCCUCCUUCGCCUGGAGAACAACCACUGCCACAUCGAGGAGAGCGAGUAUGUCCUGAAGAAGGCGCACAAGUACAGCGAGCUGAUUAUUCUCUAUGAAAAGAAGGGGCUGCACCAGAAAGCUCUGCAGGUGCUGCUGGACCAGUCCACCAAGGCCAACUCUCCCCUGAAGGGCCAUGAGCGAACAGUGCAGUAUCUCCAGAGGCUCGGAGUGGAAAAUCUUGGCAUAAUCUUUGAGUUUUCUCCAUGGGUCCUGAAGAUCUGUCCAGAAGAUGGCUUGAAGAUCUUCACCGAGGACCUCACAGAGGUGGAGACCUUGCCCCGAGACAAAGUGCUGCAGUUCCUGAAGGAGGGCUUUGAGGAGCUGGCCAUCCCUUAUUUGGAGCACAUCCUUUACGUGUGGGACGAGAAGGGCCCGGAGUUUCACAACGUGCUGAUCCAGCUCUACCUGGGACGGGUGCAGGGGCUCAUGAGACAGUACAUCAACUCUCUGCCUGAAGGGGUCGUGGCCGUCUCUGCCGGCCAGGAGAACGGGGAGCUGGGAGAGUUUAGGAACAAGUUGCUCUCUUUUCUGGAUAUUUCUACCAGCUACGAACCUUCCAGACUCAUCAGUGACUUUCCCUUUGAUGGCCUGCUGGAGGAACGAGCUCUGCUUCUGGGUCGGAUGGGGAAACACGAGCAGGCGCUCUUCAUCUACGUGCACGUCCUUAAAGACACGCGCAUGGCUGAAGAAUACUGUCAUCGGUCUUAUAACAGUUCACUAGAAGGAAAUAAAGACGUUUAUCUGUCCCUGCUGCGGAUGUACCUGUCCCCUCCUGACGCUCACUGCCUGGGGCCCAUCAAGAUGGAGCUUUGUGAGCCUCAGGCCAACCUGCAGGCAGCCCUGCAGGUGCUGGAGCUGCACCACAGCAAGCUCAACACCACCAAGGCCAUCAAUUUGCUCCCAGCCAACACUCAGAUCCAAGAGAUCCGAGUGUUCCUGGAGAGCGUCCUGGAGGAGAAGGCUCAGAGGAAACGAGGCAACCAGGUGCUGAAGAGCCUGCUGCAGGCCGAGUUCCUCCGGGUGCAGGAGGAACGAAUCUUCCACCAGCAGAUUAAAUGUGUCAUUACAGAAGAAAAGACAUGCAGAGUCUGUAAGAAGAAAAUCGGAAACAGUGCGUUCGCCAGGUACCCCAACGGCGUUGUGGUGCAUUAUUUCUGCUGCAAAGAUCGCAACAUGUGUCCCACCGAGCAAUAAAAGCCCCUCCUCCCCGCGGACCGGACUGCUUGGAAAUCUGUGAAGUAGGAACACACGUGAACGUCUGCAGAGCUCAGAGACGGACGCCGUUAUCCGAAGCACCUUUUAUAAUAAGAGCUCUGACGGGCAGCAUUUCUGGACCUGAGAGAACUUUAGUUGUUCCGCUCAACGCACGGAGCAGAACAGGACCGUCUUUCUGUCUCUGGAUAACGGGAGGGAUGUCUGGAGUCCGUCAGCUGGAGCCCAGAGACACAAACAGACUGAGCUGGACUCGUGCUGACAGACGUCGGUGCUGAAAGGACAAGAUUACAAGCGCUGGUCAUCUCUUUCUCCUCUCCCUCUCCCGGCUCUCCCAACUCGGCUGGUGGACUGUUAAAUGUUUGAAGAAUGUCCUCGCAGUGAAGUCAGAUCUACCGCGUCAGUCUGUUCUUUGAUGCAGCGUUUUCUUUCUUCUCAUGCAGCAUAUUUAAUGUUUUUUUUUCCUGUUACAGUCUCGUGCAACGACAGCUAACAGGAUCCAUAAAUGGAGUUAUUUUCCUCAUUUGAGAUGAUGAAGUUGUUCACCAGUUCUGUUGUAGCAGGAUGUCGACAGCUUAUCUCAAGACUCCCCAUCACAAAAGCCUGUAUUUGUUGUUUUCUCAAGAUUUAUUUAACCAUUUAGGAGGCCGAAUGAUUCAUCAGUCAUAUCCAGAUUGAUUUGAUUCCUUUCAUCCUGUAAGAGUUAAUGGCAAAAAUGAAGAUAUCUGAAAGUUAUUUAUCACUCCAGAUAAAGGAAAAAAAACAAAA